AUGGUGCUAGUGGCCCAGGAGUUGGCGAGCUGCGAGGUAGACAUCACUGCAUUCAUUGAGACCCGGUUCUCUGAACAAGGCCAACUGGAUGAGAUGGGUGCUGGCUACACCUUCUUCUGCAUCAAUCGCCCCAAGGCAGGGCGACAUGACGCGAAUGUCUCCUUUGUCAUCCAGAGCGACAUCGUGGGAGGCCUGCCCUGUCUGCCUCAGGGCAUUAACGAUCGCCAGAUGAGAGUUGGCCUACGUCUCCGGGGAGGCAAAUUUGCCACCAUUGUCAGCGUCUACGCUCUCGAUGACCAGCCCCGACGCUGCAAGUAA